AUGCAAAAGGCAGCAGAACGACAGGAGAAGAGGCACAAACGGAAGGCGGAUGAGGGUACUCUGCAACUCAAGCGACAGGAGAUGGAUAAAGCGAAGAUCGCAGACGCUGUCAAACGCUACUCCUUCCUACUCGGACAGACAGAUUUAUUCAAGCACUUCGUUGACCUGAAGCGAGCCCGUGAUCCUGAGUAUGCUGCCAUGAUGGAUGCGCAGCCACAGCAGAAGAAACGUGGCCGUAAGAAGGCGGAUGAGAAGAAUGCAAGACGGAGGAAAUCUGAGAAGGAAGAAGAUGAGGAGAUGCUCAAGGACGGGGAGCGCGCUGUUGAUGGCGAUGACCAGCCUUUCGUAUUCGAAGAAUCCCCUAGCUUUAUUCACGGGACCAUGCGUCCGUACCAGCUACAAGGCCUCAAUUGGAUGAUCUCACUUCAUCACAAUGGCCUGAACGGGAUUCUUGCGGACGAGAUGGGUCUUGGCAAGACGUUGCAAACAAUAUCGUUCCUCUCCUACCUGAAACACAAUCUGGGCAGCAACGGCCCGCAUAUCGUCGUCGUUCCCAAAUCCACUCUCCAAAACUGGGCUCGCGAAUUUGAGAAAUGGACUCCCGACUUCAACAUCGUGGUACUCGCAGGGUCCAAAGACGAGCGUGCUGAAAUCAUCGCCAAUCGCAUACUUCCGCAGAAUUUCGAGAUCUGCAUCACGACCUAUGAACUGUGCUUGAUCGAGAAAUCGGCGUUGAAGAAGCUCUCUUUCGAAUACAUUGUUAUCGAUGAGGCGCAUCGCAUCAAGAAUGUGGAUUCAAUCCUGGCCCAGAUCGUCCGGAGUUUCUCAUCCCGAGGACGGCUUCUUAUUACUGGCACUCCUCUGCAAAACAAUCUCAAAGAGCUUUUUGCUCUACUGAACUUCAUCUGUCCGGAGAUUUUCUCGGACUAUGCCGAUCUGGAAAGCUUCUUGCACAAGGACGACGAAACAGCAGAGGGUGACGAGGAUAAGAGCAAGAAGGUUGUCGAAGCCCUGCACAAGAUCCUGAGGCCCUUCCUAUUGCGUCGCGUGAAGGCGGACGUGGAGAAGAAUCUUCUUCCAAAGAAGGAGAUCAACAUCUAUGUCGGUCUGACCGAUAUGCAGAGGAAAUGGUACCGUUCCGUUCUGGAAAAAGAUAUCGAUGCGGUUAACAGUCUCACGGGCAAGAAAGAAGGCAAAACACGGCUGAUGAAUAUGGUCAUGCAGCUUCGUAAAGUCACCUGCCACCCAUAUCUUUUCGACGGAGCAGAACCCGGUCCGCCGUAUACCACCGACGAGCAUCUCAUCGAGAACUGCGGCAAGAUGGUCAUCCUCGACAAGUUGUUGAAGAGUAUGAAGGAGAAGGGGUCGAGGGUCCUGAUCUUCAGCCAGAUGAGCCGCAUGCUUGAUAUCCUGGAGGAUUACUGCUUGUUCCGGCAAUACAAGUACUGCCGAAUUGACGGCAGUACCGCGCACGAAGACCGGAUAACAUCCAUCGACGAGUACAACAAGCCCGGCAGCGACAAGUUCAUAUUCUUGCUUACAACACGGGCCGGUGGUCUUGGUAUCAACCUCGUUACUGCGGAUAUCGUUGUGUUGUAUGAUAGUGAUUGGAAUCCGCAAGCCGAUCUGCAGGCCAUGGAUCGAGCACAUCGCAUCGGCCAAACCAAGCAAGUCUAUGUCUUUCGAUUCAUCACGGAGGAGAGUGUAGAAGAGCGUAUGCUAGAGAGGGCCGCGCAGAAACUGCGCCUGGAUCAGCUCGUCAUACAACAAGGAAGACAGCAGCAGGCAAACAAAGCGGCUAGCAAAGAAGAGUUGCUGGAGAUGAUUACUCAUGGCGCCGAGAAGAUAGUCAACUCGAACGAUAACUUGAUGGUCAACGACGAUAUCGAGACUAUCAUUCAGCGCGGCGAACAACGAACAGCGGAGAUCAACAGCAAGUACGAGACACUUAACCUUGAAGACCUGAGCAACUUCAAAUCCGAGGCGUCUGUACAACAAUGGGAUGGCGAGGAUUUCCGUGGUGGAAAAAAAUCAUUAACCUUGAACAUGUUAUCGUUGUCGAAGCGAGAGCGCAAGACAAACUACUCCGUUGAUAGCUACUUCAAGGAUACUCUACGUGCCGGUCCCUCAAAGCAAGAAAAGCCCGCGAAGAUCCCACGAGCGCCAAAGCAGAUCGCUAUACAAGACUUCCAGUUUUUCCCCCCAAGACUGGCGGAGUUGCAAGAGAAGGAGCUCGCCGCGCAUAAGCGAGCUAAUGACAUUCCGGCUACGGCACGAGAACCACAAGGUCCUGAGGACACCCCGGAGAAACUGGAAGCGGAACGGCAAGCUGCUCAAGAGUUCAUAGACCAUGCCGAACCCCUAACUGAAGAGGAGCAGGUGGAGAAAGAACGGUUGAUUGCAGAAGGCUUCGAGGACUGGAGUCGUCGUGAUUUCCAGCAAUUUGUUCGGGCCUUGGAAACCUACGGCUGGACGGACGAUUACGAGCUACUCGCGACAGAAAUUCAGGAUAAGAACGCUGAUGAUGUUGCAGAGUAUUAUCCAGUCUUCCGAGAGAAGUGGAUGGAUCUCCCUGAGUAUCCUCGGAUAGAAGCGCGGAUCAAGGAAGGUGAAGCGAAGCGUAAUAAACGUGACAAUUUAGAGAAUCUCCUUGCCAAAAAAGUCAACUCGGUGCAAUAUCCGAUGCAGGAGUUGGAGCUCAACUAUCCGACGACAAAGGGCAAAGUUUAUAGUGAGGAAGAGGAUCGGUACUUGCUUUGCCGCCUGCAUUACUAUGGUAUGCGGACGGAGGAUGUCUACGAGCGCAUAAAGAAGGACAUCUCCGAAUUCCCCGUCUUCCGGUUCGACUGGUUCUUUAAAAGCCGCAGUCCGACGGAGUUGCAAAGACGCUGCAACACCUUACUCGGUAUGAUCGAGAAGGAAGCAGAGCAGGAAGCCAAGCAGAUGGCCGAGGCUAAGAGCAAAUCGACCGCCUCGAGGGGCAAGGUUCGUUUGUGUUGUAUAUUCCCAAGGCCCAUCAUGAUUGGAUUGAUUUUGCUCACAGAAGCGGGCCAUCGAAGAGAUUAA